CUCCUAAUCGCAGUGAUUGACGUUUGUGAGAGCCAAUCACAGGCGUCUUUCAGCCACAACCUGGCCCAAUCAUUGAACCGCAAAGGCCAACAAGUGCAAGGUGGGAUGAAAGUAAAUUUCCUGGGUAAUGCAACGUGUAUCUCUCCAACCGCCGCCUUUCUAAAAAAAAGAUGGGUCGCCGCAAGUCUAAGCGAAAGCCGCCUACUAAAAAGAAGAUGACUGGGAGUUUGGAUUCUCACUUCACGUGUCCCUUCUGUAACCACGAGAAGUCGUGUGACGUCACUAUGGAUAGAAGCAGAAAUACUGGAAUAGUAUCGUGUUCAGUCUGUUUGGAGGAGUUCCAGACGCCAAUAACAUACCUGUCAGAGCCAGUUGACGUGUACAGCGAUUGGAUAGAUGCUUGUGAAUCAGCCAAUCAAUAGCCCUCAAGGACCUGGACUUGUGUCUGGAGGAGGUUGGGAGUUUUUUUUUUUUUUUUUUUUAAUGGAGGUAUAAUCACUGGUAUGUGGAUUGAAGGAGACUUUAGCCCAACACUUUAAAUAAGACCGCAGUGUUUUCCUUUCUUGCAGUGUUACCUGUCUUAUUUUUUAACCAUCUAUCCUCAAAUGUUUUUCUUUCAUUUUUUUUAUUUAUUUAAAGAAAAGUCUCGGUUUAUAUCAUGUAUCUGCACUCUGACCAUUUUAUUAGAUACAGCUGCACAAGUGUACCUAAUAAGGAGACCUAUGAGUAAAACGUGGCAAAAUAAAUUAUAUACACCAAAAAAUGCAACUUAAUCUACCUUUGCUAUGAUGAUGUCACAUGUAGUUUCAUGCUGUCAUCCACCAACAAGCAACAUGUCCUGUAAUGAUAAUGGCUAUGAUAACUAUAAUAAUAACCCACAUCUCUCUUCAUUCUCACAGCCAAAGGUCAUACACUAUACGCAUAUGCUACGGUUGAGUUUCUUUGUCUUCUGGCACUGUAACGAUGAAAGAUGUACAUACCAUAUGUAAAUAAGUGCGCUCACUGUAGCUAUACAAAAACCAUUUGUAGUUACUCCCACUUGGAUUAUUUUCAGAGUAAAAGAGCAAUAAGACGACAUGUCACGAACAAAUGGAGUAUAGAUUCAUUUGUACUUGAUGUAUUCAAUUGUUACACAUGUAAUCCAACACUUUAUUUAUGGAAAAUAAUGUUUAUUUUUUGUUUGUGCAAUAUGCUUGACCGUACGGUACAAUAAAAUGAGUUUUGCA